CAGACUGAACCAGAUAAGCCGGAAAAACAAUUUCACAAUGCGACAAUCUGCCACAGAAACACAUCUCUCGAAUCUCAAAUCUCUGCGGUUAGUCGAUGUGCGCUAUUCUGUGCCUUUCGGUGACAUCAGUCGACUGUUGAAUCUCAAAGUGUGCAGUGCCUAAGAUGUCGCAGACUAAGAUACAAAUCACAACGAAGGAGAAGCCCAAGGAAGAGUGGGGCAAUGGGCUGGAGUUUCUCUUCUCGUGCAUCUCGUUGUCGGUGGGCUUGGGAAAUAUCUGGCGAUUUCCCUACAUUGCUUUUCAAAAUGGUGGCGGCACCUUUGUCAUACCCUAUUUGAUUGCCUUGCUCGUAAUUGGACGACCCGUUUACUAUUUGGAGAUUUCGCUGGGACAGUUUCGUGGCAGCGGCGUGCUGCGUGCCUUUGAUCUGGCGCCCAUACUCAAGGGCGUGGCAGCGGGUCAAGUGUUGGCCACCGGCGCCUCCAUCACAUACUAUUCAUGCAUAAUGGCUUUGACGCUGCGCUUUCUGUUGGCCUCGUUCAGCUCGCAGCUGCCCUGGAGCAGCUGUCAGGAGAGUUGGGGCAACGUUUGUUACGAUGGCACCAACUCUACCCUCAAUGCCACUGGCAAAAUGUCGCCUGCUCAGCUCUACUUCGAACGUGAAAUACUGCACGAGUUGCCCAACAUUGACAAUGGCUUGGGCAUGCCCAAUUGGCAGCUGGUUGCCUGUCUUGCGGUUGCCUGGCUGAUCAUUGGUGGCGUCCUCAUACGUGGCAUCAAGAGCAGUGGCAAGGCUGCUUAUUUUCUUGGCGUCUUUCCCUAUGUGGUGCUCCUCAUCCUGCUGCUGCGUGCUGUGACGCUGCCUGGUGCCUGGGAUGGAAUUGUGUACUUCUUUAAGCCACAGUGGCGAGAGCUGCUCAAUCCUUUAGUUUGGUAUGCAGCUGUCACGCAGGUCUUCUUCUCGCUGGCCAUUUGCUUUGGCACCCUGAUCACUUACGCCUCGUAUAACAACUUUAACCGAAAUGUCUAUAACGACAUUGUCAUCAUUACCACCAUGGAUUCUUGUUCCUCCAUUAUCGCUGGAUGCAUCACAUUCGGCAUAUUAGGCAACUUGGCCAAACAGACAGGCAUCACGGACAUUGCGAGCGUGGUGAAGGGCGGCGCUGGCUUGGCCUUCAUCUCGUACCCGGAUGCCAUUGCCAAGUUCGAGUAUGUGCCACAGAUGUUCGCGGUCCUUUUCUUCCUCAUGCUUUUCGUCUUAGGCAUCGGCAGCACUGUCGGCAUGGGCUCCUGCAUUCUGCGCGUCAUACGCGACCAGUUUGGGAAAAGAGCGGGACCGAGUUGGGUGCUGGCCGGCGGUCUGGCAACGCUGGGCUUUUGUGUGAGCAUCGUUUACAUGACACCCGGUGGACAAUUCAUCCUCAAUCUGGUCGAUUUCUAUGGUGUCUCCUUUACGGCAUUGAUUCUCGCCAUUGGCGAACUACUCGCCGUCGCCUGGCUUUAUGGUGUGCAACGCUUUUGCGCUGAUAUCAAGUACAUGAUGGGCAUCGAGACCGGCUGGUAUUGGCGCAUCUGCUGGGCUUUUAUUACGCCUGGACUGAUGACCGCCGUCCUUGUCUAUAUGCUGUUCGACAUGUCCGCCCUCACGUACAAGGGCGUGGCAUAUCCUCGACUCGCACACGUGUUUGGCUGGUGCCUGUCUGCCUUUGGUCUGCUGCAGCUGCCCGGCUGGGCCUUGUACGCUGUCUACCAGCGCCGCAAACAAACCGCAAACAGCAGUUUGUGGCAGCGGAUACGCGCAGCUUGCCAACCCGAUGAGAGCUGGGGACCCGCCAAUGCACAAGUGCCACUCGAAUAGCUGACGUUGCGUAUACGUAAUGUGUUUGUUUUAGUAGAGAGAGCAAGUGCUUAGUUUAGAGUUUAGAAUGCGUAUAAUAAAAUUGCACACUUUUGGCAUUGGCCAUAAAA